GCAAAACUGUUGUAAUGGUUUCAUGGUAGACAAUAUUAAAAUUGUAUUGAUCUUACAUGUUUUAUCGCAAGUCAUGAAGCUUAUAUGACUCCUGGAACGUUUAUUUUACCGUUUUACACCAUCUGCGACAAGUUAGGUUAAAAACCUUCCAUGCAAGAUGACCAAAGACCGACUAGCGGCUUUAAAGGCGGCACAAAGCGACGAUGAAGAAGCUGAUGAUGUUGCCGUUAAUGUGGAUAGUAGUGGGUUUAUGGAGCGGUUCUUCGGACAGGUGGAAGAGAUCCGGGGAAUGAUUGAUAAAGUUUCUGAUAAUGUGGACGAAGUCAAGAAAAAACACAGUGCCAUCCUGUCUGCCCCACAGUCUGAUGACAAAACGAAGGAAGAGCUGGAGGAACUCAUGACAGACAUCAAGAGAACUGCCAACAAAGUUCGUGGGAAAUUAAAAGUUAUUGAACAAAACAUAGAACAAGAGGAGCAUUCCAACAAAUCUUCUGCAGAUCUUAGAAUACGAAAGACACAAUAUUCCACAAUAUCACGUAAAUUUGUGGAAGUGAUGGGAGUGUACAACCAAGCUCAGCUAGACUACCGAGAAGGGUGCAAAACUCGAAUUAAGCGCCAAAUGGAGAUCACUGGAAGAACUACAACAAAUGAGGAGCUAGAAGACAUGUUAGAAUCAGGGAAUCCAGCAAUAUUUACACAAGGGAUCAUAAUGGAAACCCAACAAGCAAAACAGACGCUAGCAGACAUAGAAGCUCGUCAUAACGACAUUAUCAAAUUGGAGACAAGUAUACGAGAACUCCAUGAUAUGUUUAUGGACAUGGCAAUGCUUGUGGAACAACAGGGCGAGAUGAUCGAUCGUAUAGAGUACAACGUGGAACAAGCUGUAGACUACAUAGAAACAGCCAAGAUGGAUACAAAGAAGGCAGUACGCUACCAAAGUAAAGCUAGGCGGAAAAUGAUCAUGAUCGUAGCAUGUGUUGUAGUUCUUGUGGUCAUAGUUGUCAUCAUAAUAAUUACACAAGUUGCCUAGGAACGUACCACAUGACCAAACACAACCAUUCUGAUUGGCUAAUGACAUUCCAAAAUGCAAAUCAAGAUUUUUCCUUAGAAAACAAAGCUGGCAUGCAAUGUGACUUUGACUGCCAAGUGUCUUUUUCAAGAUUGAAAGAUUUCAAGAUCUGCAUCAUGCUUGCAUUUGUAAGGCAGAUACAGAUGUCUUAUGGAUAUAAUAUUGUGUGGCAAGUCAAAUAAGCGGCUAAGGAAUGCUUUAAGUUCCGGAAAUAGACUAUUGUUGCUAGUACAGAUUCAUGGAAGCAAGAAAACAGAUCAAGAAGAGGCAUUUCUGCAUAGAUAUGACAGUAGUGUUAUAUUUAUGUGAAAAGGAUUUAAUUCUAGGUCAUCUUUCUCACCCACAUUUAGAGCAUGCCCUCUCUCUCGACUGAUAUUAACGGAUUCUCAAGAUCCCAGUAUUUUUCUCCUUUAUAUUUCGAAGUUCUAUCUAAAUAUGUCAUUGUCUGAGGAAAAACAAGUAAAAUAAUAAGCAAGGAGAAUGAUGCAACAGAAAAUUGAGUUAUGAUAUUCAAAAGGAAGCUAUAAAAAAUCUCCAUAUAUCAAUGUCAAAUUGACUAUAAUGUUUAUUUGAAUUAUGGACAAUUUAGGUUUUAAUAUCUGUGUUCCCCAAUCCAAUAUAUUAUUGACUUUCUUCCACUUCUUAAUGCAAGAAUUUGCCAAAAAUCAGCUACAUUGUAUAAUAUCCUGAAUGUCGAAUUAAGUCCAUUUCCAAAAUAAUGUUUAAAGCAAACAAGAGAUGUUAAUUUUGAAAUAUUAAGAAAAAUGGAAGCUGCAGCGGGAUAUUUAUUUAAUGAUCAUUUCCCUGUCAUUGACUGACUGUAAUUUGGCAGUUAAAAUGUUCCUCAGACAAUGUAAUUGUUAAUUUAAUUAUGCUAUGUAGCUCAUAAAUAUAAAAUCGUGUUUCAGAAUAUCUGACGUAAAAUUUUGGACAAAUGAAUAUUUGUGAUGGAUUCAAUACUUAUGAUUGAGGGAAAAUGGAUGUUUGAUAUGGGAUGUAUUUAUCAUACAUUCACAGAGAAGAGAGAAAUUUUAUAUCUGAUCAAUGUAUAAGUAAGAUAGAGGUUUUAUCUGAGCUCAGAGUGAAAAAUAGAUUCACAAGGAAAUCCCUGUUGUAUGUUAAAGCAUGGGCCACUGAGAAAUGUUUUUAUCAGUCAAGAGUAAAAACAAAGUGUGAGGAUUGGUAGCUUGUAUUUCUCUACAUAGCUCUUUGUGCAAUAAAGUGCAUAUACGUAGGUAUGCAUUUCUACCAUGGUAAUCUUUUUUAUCCGUGAUUGUUGUAAACGUUUUCUUGAUAGAUUUAUCAAGAUUAUAUAUACAAGGAAGAUUGUUUCAAUUUCCAACAUUAUCUGUUAUGUAAGUACCACUUGAGGUAAUGCAAGUGUUAUCAGAUUUUUUUUUUCAACAUUUUAUGCAAUUUGAGUAAAAUCAACUCUUGAGCUCCGCAAAAUUUUUCUGAACGCUUUUAAGGUGUCAUAUUCCAUUAAUUUCGAGAAGCUUGUCAGCAUGUCUGAUUAAUAUUUGUCAAAUAGAGUUGUACUCUACUUCACCAAUCAUCCAACUCAAAGUUUAUAAUCUAUAUAUAGCUAGCCAAUCAGUGAACCUGUAACAUACUAUACCUAUUCAAAUGACAUUGAUGAUAUUAAGAAUUUGCAUAUUGGCUUAAAGGCGAAACAAAUAUUUUGAGCCAAUCGUGAAAAUGUUUGUAACGUUUUCAAACAGGGCUCAUUAACAGGGAGAAAUCUGAUUGGCUAUUCGAGAGGUCAGUGAGUAUGAACCCUGUAUAUGCGAUGAUAUUGCAACUGGAGCAUUAGAUUUGAUUUUAAUCAGAAUGUUACUUUGUGCUGUGUGUUGUGACUUGUUAUUUGUGUGGACUAAAUGCAUAUUUAACUCUUUAAACUGACCACUACCAGUAAUUAGUAACAAGAUAUUGAAUUGAAAAUCGGACCUUGGAAAUUAAGUAACAAUACUGGAGAUGUGUCUAAUCGGAAUUGACCUGGGAAUUGUUAACACUGUAAAACUGGAACAGUAUAACCUUAGGAAUUCAGAGGAAAUGUCUAAUAUCAAUUUCACUGUGUGACCAAAAACAAGAAAAUGGCGUGAAUGUCCAAAUGGAUAUGAGAAAUAUUUCUGAAGAUAUUGUCAUCAAAUGGAUAGCAGGCUGUAUAUAGUUAAAUAGACUUAAUAUCAUGCUAUUAAAAUUAUACUGUUUUCAUAUUUAUUUUGUAGUGUCAGAUUUCUUAAAAUUAGACUUUGAUGUUUGACAUGUAAUUUAUGUAUCCAUUUAUGCAUCAAGUAAACAUGGUCUCCUUCACUGCUGGUAAGGUCGAUAUCAGCCAUAUGUGGCUUGAUAUGUAAUGAUAAGGAGAUGUCUUAAAUUGAUGCUGCAGACUUACCAUACACUAUUCUGUCCUGUUUAGUCAUUGGCAGACAUUAACAACAUAACGACAGACAUUUAUAAACGAUUUCCAAGACAUCCUUGUUAGAUAAAUCUAUGUAAAUUAGAACUGCCAGACGUUAUAUGUGCACAAACUUGUAUUCUGCUCAAGUAUCAUGCACAAAUUCAUUAGAUGUAGUGCUAAAUUUGGAUUAUCCCUCAUUCACGGUUCAGUUUCUGAUUCGACUUGUUUCCAAGGUUUUUCGGUUGUAAUGAAGUUUUCAGUAUCAAUACCACGUAAAUGUAUGAUGAAAAUAAAUUGACAGGAAGAAAAUGUUUAUUCACAAACAAAGAUGUUAACCAAUUGUCACAACAGCAUAUCCUAUAAAAUUAUAUAUGCACACACUUUCAAUUCAACCAAAUAUUGCAAUGACAUUCAGCAAAUAUUAUAUUUAAAUUCUAAGUUGAUUUUCUUACCACCGUUUUUAUGUACGUCUCUGCUGCAGGCCUUGUAUCUCCUGCGGUCAUCAGUAAGAGAGAUCAGAGGCAUUUCCUGUUUAAAAACUACCUGUAUUUAUAGGACUUUUGUUUAUUCUUGUUGUGCAGGAAUUGAUUCAAGAAAAAACAAAAAGUCCAAACGAUCAAACUACCACAAUUGCGUAUAUGUUAUGAUGUGUUCAUGUGUAUCAAAAUCUGUGUGUGUGGCUAUUCAGGAGAUACAAGGUUUGUCCAUCCUUGUUCCAUAUUGUCUAAAAUGCUUUCUUAUAACUUAAACAUCACCGGACAAAAAAAUUCAACUUUACUAUGCAUUUUUCCAUCAUUUAAACCCCAAAAGACACACACACAAAAGAAAUAAUUAUUCAUUUGAUUUAAGAGUAUAAAUUUGAAUUUUAAAUUGCAAGAGUAUUGAUUUGAAUUUUGAAUUGCGACAAAGACUGAUGGAACAUGGAUGCUAUUUCUGUGAUUUUUGUAAAAUCCAUAAUUUCUUGUAAAUCAUUGAAGUAAUUAAGUGUCAUACUAAACUUCCUGCUUGUAUAAAGCUUGGAUAAUUAUAUUUUUAUACUUUCCUCAGGUAUUCUUUUUUCAGAGUGCCCUAAGUGUAUUUAAUUAGAGUUUAUAGGUUGUCUUCUUAGCCAUACUACAGGUCUACAAACAACUUGUCCAAAAAAUAUAUAAUUAUUAUUGCCUUCCUGUUCCUCCUUCAAGCAGAUAACAUGUAGUUGCAAUGAAAUUGUUAUUUGGAAGACAAAAUUUACUUUUGGGUCCUAGAUUCUUAUUCUAUAUACUAUUUUGUUCACUUGAAGAGUUGGACUGUAAGAAACAAAAGACAAAAAUGGGAAAAAAAUUGUUUUUAAAUACAAAAAUUAAAAAUUUUGACACGUUCACCUGUGGUAGGGCUGACAAGAUUCCUAAUGAACAAGACCUAAUUUCUAGUCUGUAUAUAUGCCUUCCUCAGAAGUUAACUUUUUUUCUGAUUUUUUUUUUUUAGAUAUCAAAAAUAUCUAAACAAGAAUCUUCCUUCCCACUCUCCCAUUUUAAAUAUCAGCAGAGUUUGAUAUAUAGCCUCUUGAUAGGUAAAGUCAGAAUAAGUUAUUUGAUAAAUAUUUAAAACUCUAUUUGUUAUCAGGACGUUAACUUAAGAUUAGAGUUUUUGCUCACAAAUUCAAUAAAAAACUUAAGAUUAGAGUUUUUGCUCACAAAUUCAAGUAUUUCUGCUAAAGCAAUUUUGCCAUUUCCGUGUAUGAUAUUUGUAACAAAGUAAUGUAAUGUUAGUUAAUUAAGUGCUGCAGUGUCACAAGGAGGUAAAUUUAAGAAAAGUAGAGAAACAUGUAUUUGUAUAGAUAUUCACUGGGGUUUGGUUUAGUAACUUUUUGAAUGCUGUAGGUAUGAUAAACAGUCAUAAGAAUAUUGACCAAGAUGUCUAUGAUGAACUUCAAAAGGCCGGAGAUAUCUUAAAACACCCAACAGUAAUGUCAUGUAAAGUCUAGUAGUAUUCACAUUCCUGAUUAGCUUCAUUAAAAUCAUAUGGUCAUUUUGAUAUGAAAAAAUUUACUAACAACUAAUUUCUUGAUAUUAUUAGUCGUUUUAACUGUCGAAGCCUAUUUGGCUGCUUAGCGUAACGACAAUCUAAUACAAACAUUCCAUCUGAUGUUACUCGUAUAUAUGGAAAUUAAAAGCUAAAUUUGGUGUAUUGCGAUUUGGAUGACCCACAGACAUGAAAACUAGGAAAUAUUUGUAAAUUUCUAUGAUCGCAGACUUUUGAAAGAUUAUAUCUAGGAUAGCUACUUACAAGUUUAAUUUUCUUUCAAUUUAUUCAUGAACAAAAUAUCUCGCCUGUAUCAUAGAGUGUCCCACUAGUUUUCUUUUGUGUAGAGACCUUGGUAAAUUAAUCUGUUAAAUGGAUUUUACCUCCUCAGCAUCCAUAUUAAGGAGAGUUUUAGUAGUUCUUGGAAGUUGGAAUUUUACAAGUAAUGUUAAAGAAAAAGCACCAUGAUGCUAAAUGCAGUGGAUAAUUUGCCCAUGAUCCAAUCUCCAUGACAGUGCCAAGGUAUUUUUGUGAUCAUGGAACUUCUAACAAGUUUUACUUUCAUAUAUACUGUAUAACCAUGGACUCCGAUUAGAAUAGAAGUCCACAGUAUGUCCUUUUGCCUUAGUAAUAGGCAGGCAACUCCAGAUAAGAAAAACACCAAGCAACUUGGAACUCUUCUAUGUUGGAGAUAAGAAACAGAGUGCUGGGACUCUACUUUAAAUGUCUUUUUUUUUUUUUAUUGUUUAUGGUGAACGUAACUAAGCCAAAUUGCAAUUUAAAAGAACACUAUUUCAGGAUAUUUACCCCGGAAAUUAAUGCAAAUGGUGUUGGUGAUAUAUUUUAGAAAUCCGUAACUCAUUUUGCAUAAUUUGUUCACAUUACAUGUAUUGCAUAACGUUGAUAUAAUGAAGACAGAAGAGAGAGAAAAUAAAAAGAGUCCUUUGUUCCAAUUUGUUUUGAUUAAAUAUCAUAAUUAAUCACUUUUCAUUUAUUUCUGUUUGAUUAAAAAAAUAACAAAAUUAAUAAUUAUUUGAACAGCAUUAUUAUUGGUUUAAGAAAUCAGGUUAGCUGCUAGAGGAAAAAUUACUGUUUGUUUUGCAGAAUUUUAUUUAUAUUUUCAUUGAUGUCUACAAUAUAUGAAAUGUCGUUGAAAUGUUCUGUUUUUCAAUAGAUUUGGUAGCUUUACCAGUUGAAUGAACAUUCAAACAUCUUUGUCUCACGAUUGUUCUAUGAAGUGUUUUUACUCUUUUGUUAUUAUUGUGUAUUAAUUAACUAAUUAUGAUUGAUCAUAAAUCAUCUAUGUAUCCAAGACAUGAUCUUAUGUGUUGUUAUAAAUUAGAAAUAUGACUGGCAUUGAUAUUGCAAAAUAAUAAUUAAUAAAUGAAUGUAUGAAUGCUUCAAAUCAUUAAUCUUAUUGUAAAUUUCACAUAAUCGUUUGAUGUCAGAAUGUUUGCCAGAGUUCUAACCAGUCUGAUCUUGUAGAGCGAGAUCUUUACAAAAUCUGAGUAUCAAAUCGUUAACUUGUUAUUUAAUCAACUUCGGGUAACAUUUCUAGAUGAUCAAACACAAAAAUAUACAAACUCUAUCUUAUAACUGUCAGAAUAUACAAACUCUAUCUUAUAACUUAAUAAUUAUUUAGUGAAUACUAAUUAUUUUCUAUUCCAUUGUGAUUAAACAUAGUUUGAUUUCCAAACAAAAUACAAUAUUAACAUGCUAUUUACCACAGGGCUUGGCACAAAUUCAGCCCACAACCCAUAUAUAUUGGAUCUGUAGGUUGGGCUCCUUUGCAUGUGACAGAACACUCACUAUAAUCCUUCAGACGAAACCUAGUAAUAGGCAGAGUCAUGUAGGUGAUAAACCAGUAACUAACGAACUAACGACAACUGAACACUGACUAUAGUCAUUUAGGCGGUAAACCAGUAGCUAAAUAACUGGAAUUCUGUGCUACAAUCUUCCGAUUUGGUGUCUCACACAAUAAUAAAUAAAAUGUCAAUAGUUUCACCACAUUCAUAUUUUAUUUGGGAAAAAACAACAAAUCUUACUGUAUGAUAAAUGAUUCCCAACGAAAUUUGAUUUUCAUUUUUAAGUAUAAUGUUUCCUUUGUGGUGGAAACAGGCUACACUCUUUCACCUAUAACAUGUCGCGGAGAGGGUAAGGUUUUAUAAUGUAAUGUAAAAAUAUAUAUUAUAAAUAUUGAUUUCAUAUUAAUUUUAUAUCUUUAAUUGUAAUCAUGUAUUUCAUGUCUGACUUUCUUUAUUCUGGGGAUUCUUUCCACUUUUUGUACAAAGCCUUUCUUACAAUAUUCCAAAUAAAAGGUUGGAGUUGUGAAGUCUCCUGAUUUUACCUACAUGUGGGGUAAAGUCAUGUGACCUUCUAGGCUAACGUAUUAUUGGCUAUAUUUAGAUUGUGUAAUUUUUCGUGUGCAUAAAUGAGAAUUGUAGAUUAAAAUUAUGUGUGAGCUCUCUUCAUCUACAGUUACUAAGCAUAUAUGUUGUCAUGUUGAAUGUACUGUUGACUUCUCAGCAUACCUUCCCCACUGCAAUAAAUGUCAGAUGAAUUAUGCAACACUGAACAAAGAUAGCUUAAAUUUGUAAUGGUCACGUGUUAGAGCAGAUACCCUUUGAUCAUGGCUUGUAAUCAGUUACCAUAGGUAUGUUUUAAUAGGUGAUAAGAAAAAGCAUUGUCGUGUUAUUAUCUUGUGUUGAAAUCAAUUGUGCAGAAGCUGGUUCAUAUACAUGGCGGAUUCAAAAUGUGGUCAAUGGUAAUAUACAAUUGUUGACUUUGGAUAAGGUUAACACCAGGAUUUAUCAACCCUAGAUGUCUGAUUAUCGCCAAGGUUAACAAAAUAGGAUUUUGAAAGUAACAGGGUUUUCCUCUGUUUCUAUUUUAGUGUACGAGACAAUUGAAUAAAAAAGAAAUGUUUAUCUUAUGUGCAUUAUUACGUCGUCAAUAUGGCAUUUUGUUUAUACCUAUUAGGGCAUGUCUCGACCAAUCAGAAAACAGCAAAAAACAGAUGUCAAUGCAAAUUUGUUUUAAAACAUCUGAGCUUUCAAUUUGAAAGAAAAAAAAAAGUAAUAAUAUUUGAGAAUGUGUGUUUUGAUGAACUUGUUAUUACUGUGGCAAUGUACUCACCACUGAAUUUAAAUUAGAUCGGAAGGAUCCGUUUGAUUAUAUUGAUGCUUCAGUAUUUUGUAAUAUCUUGACAAAGUUACGUUGACCCCAUCAACUUUAGUAUGGAUGACUUUGUAACUAUGUCACAAUUUUUAAACUAUUCACUCUACAGUGCACUGGAAAUGCUAGAUAAUUCACAAGUUUCGUACAAACAAUUCAUCUUACAGUGCAGCGGAAAUACUAGAUAGUUCACAUUUAUUCGUACAAAGUGUCGUAUAUGUGGUGGGAAAAAAAUACAUCGCGAAUGCUGUAUAACAAAGAAAGUGUGUUCCCCAAAUGAUCAUCACCAUUUUAAAACUGAUUUGUAACUUAUUUUUGUAACAUAUUUUUGAGGAAAAAAGUAAGGAUUAGUUGUUUUAACAUACCCUGAUUGAAGUGGAAUAAGGCUUGCUAUUUAAUGCUUAUUGUGUGUCGGUUAGAAUGCUGAUACACACAAGUCCCGUUUUUCAUGUGUUCCUUCUACAGUCAUCAGUUUGCUCAGGAUGAAAUGUUAAUUUUUUCUGUCCAAAUCGACCAAUCAUAGUCUUGUUUUUAUCCUUGGAAACCUAAGUAGGUCAAUGUAUAUAACUGGCUUUUAUAUACGAUAUAUAUAAAUAUAUAUAUUAAUGUACUAUUAUAACUAUUAGACAAAACAUCAUUAGAUCAUGUACGUAUUUAUUAUACGGUCACUAAUAUAAUUGUACAUAUAACAUGAUUGUGUAUAAUAUUCUUAACAGUUGUUAUGUUUAUAAUUAUUCCACUGUUUCUUAUUAGAUUUUAAUUCAAAUUCCGAUAUUGUAAGCUUAAUGUAAAGAAAUUGUUGAUAUUUCAAUAGAAAUUAAAAAAUAGGACUUAA